AACUUUUCCAUGUUCAUAAAUACUCUGAGCCCCUCUCUCACACUCGCUUUUUACUCCAGAGCAGGUUAAACCCCAGUGGGCUUUCAGUACCCUUUAAAUCUCCAGCAAACACACAGAAAAACCCGCAAUCAUGAGCAGGAAAUUCUUCGUCGGUGGAAACUGGAAGUUGAAUGGAGACAAGAAGAGUCUCGGGGAGCUCAUAGACACCAUGAACGCAGCCAAGGUGGACCCCAAUGUCGAGGUCGUGUGCGGCGCUCCUUCCAUCUACCUGGACUUCGUCAGGUCCAAACUGGACGCUAAGUUCGGAGUUGCUGCUCAGAACUGCUACAAAGUCGCCAAGGGAGCCUUCACUGGAGAGAUCAGCCCUGUGAUGAUCAAGGACUGUGGAGUGAACUGGGUGAUCCUGGGACACUCUGAGAGACGCCACGUCUUCGGAGAGAGUGAUGAGCUCAUUGGUCAGAAGACCGCCCACGCUCUGGAGAGUGGUCUCAGUGUGAUCGCCUGCAUCGGUGAGAAGCUGGACGAGAGGGAGGGCGGUAUCACCGAGAAGGUCGUCUUCGCUCAGACCAAGGUCAUCGCAGACAACGUAAAGGACUGGAGCAAGGUGGUGCUUGCUUAUGAGCCCGUGUGGGCCAUCGGCACCGGGAAGACCGCCUCCCCACAGCAGGCUCAGGAAGUUCACGACAAGCUGAGGGGGUGGCUGAAGGCCAACGUGUCCGAGGCCGUAGCCAGCUCCGUGAGGAUCAUCUAUGGAGGCUCUGUGACCGGCGCUACCUGCAAAGAGCUCGCCUCCCAGAAGGACGUUGACGGUUUCCUCGUGGGCGGAGCCUCCCUGAAGCCCGAAAUCAUCGAAAUUAUCAACGCAAAGUUAUAAAAACCCCGGCAGCUGCAAUGUCCAGAUCAGAGGCCAGAGUCAUCCAGACCAUCCAGUUACAUCAUCCCUCACUCUCUUAGUCCUCUUCCCCUUUUAUUCAAAAGUAAUGGUGUAAUGAUGUCAUUCCCUCGUUUUUUCCUUUAUUCUUUUGCUAUAUUUUGUCAUAAAGAAAAGGGACAUGUUGACUUGCACUGUGCUGCACUGAAAAAAAGUGAAAUCUACUGAGAAAAGUCUGUGUGCUUACUAACUUCCACCAAGCUGCAAAGACCGACAUCGACACCUUGUUUGGACGGCCAGUCCACGCCUUUACUUGAAAAGUUUACCAACUUCCAGUGUCACAGCUCUCUGUCAAUCAGAUGUAUUUGUCUAUUUAAUAUUGAUGUCUCUUUUGUUGUGAUUAUGAUGUUCUGUGGCUUCCCCCCCCCCCCCCCCCCCCCCUGUAGACGUGCAUGAUCCGCUCUCUCUUUGGCUGUUUGCCAAGAGAAGAGCGUCCAUUACAUGUUAAUCCUACUGUGUCAUGGCCGAUGGGAAGAAGGGUGGCAAGGCUGUAAGGAAACAUAAUAAACCGUUUAGAGACUGUU